AUGCGCCCGGGAGGCGCGUCCGCACGGCUGGUCGGGGAGCGGGCGCAGCGGGAAGCCCGCGGAAAACCACCAGCGAGGACUACGCCGCGCCCGAGAGCCACGCUGCUGCCCGGCCGCCGAGUCCGCGAAAACUACAGCUCCCGGCAUGCCCCGGGAGGCAGCCCGUCCCUGCUGCCUGACCCCGCGGGGACGCCGCUUCCGUUUCCGCCCACCCCACGCCGGCGCACCUGCAAUCCCCGCCGAGGCUACGGGCAGCUCCGGCGCGCUCCCGCCGCCGGCUCCGGCCAGUCCCCGCCGCCGCUCCGGCACGGCGCGGCACCCCCCGCCCGGCUCCGGCUCCGGGCAGCGCCCGCCGCCGCCGCUCCGGCACGGCACGGCGCGGCCCCGCCCCGCUGCCGCUCCGUGCGUCCGACACGGACCCCGCCGUCCUCCUCGGGGCUUUCCCCGGGACCCGCCGGGCGAUUGCGCAGCCCCGCCACGGGGCCCGCCCCGGCCCGCAGCUGGAGCCCAGCAGGAACAGGGGGGGCAUGGCCCGACCCCCCCAGCGCCUCACCUCCUCCUCCCCUGGGCUCCCUCACGGCCCCUCGCCCCGUGCAAAGGGAGCGCAAACGCAGCCCGGAGGGCAACGGGGACGGACGGCCAGUGUUCGUUCAGCCAGUCGCGCGCCUAACGAGUCCUGCCAGUGAGUCCGCUCCGGGGCUUGGGGCACCUCCCCGACGCUCCCCCUGCCCCUGGGAGACCUCGGCAGUCGGUCCCAGAGCGACGCUCGUCGGUCCGUCGGGGAACGCACGGUCGGUCGGCUGGCUCCUGGAGCGAUGGGCUGCUGGGCAGAGGCGAAGGCUGCCAAAAACGAGUAGCAAGACACUAGAAGAGAGGAGAAAAGGAGCAGCUGGCUGGACAGCGGGGGUGUAGCGAGAAAGCACGAGAAUAGCAGGGAGUGGGUCCCAGAGAGAAGGACAGGGACAGGGAGCCCGACGGGGAUGGAGAAAGAAGUGGCAGGGAGAGAGGAAGAGAGGCAGCACAAAGAGGGAGGGGGAGUGGCACGGAGACCGACCAAGAAGGGCGGCCAGGAAGCAGGAUGGAGAUGCAGGAAAAACCUGGGACCAGCAGCAUGACAGAGAGGGAGGAAAGCAGAACAGGGGCAGGGAGUUGGACCGAGAGAGAUGGAGAAAGACAAAAAAGUGUCAAAGAACAGGGCAGAGAGAGAAGAAUGAAACAACAGGGUCAGGGAGCCCGGACAGCAAACGACGGAGGGAAGGGCUGGGGUGGGGGUGGAACACCACAAACCAAACCGCAUAGCUACACAUUACAGGGCAGAGAGGGAAAAAUUAAGAAAUGGGCACACUGAGCCAGAAAAAAAAAGAGAGUUGGAGAGCAAAAAGAAUAGCGUUGUGGUUUAAUCCCAGUCAGCAACUAAGUACCACACAGCCGCUCACCUACUUCCUCCCCACCCAGGGGGAAGGGGGGAGAGAAGCGGGGGGCGGGGGG